AUGUCGGUUUCAAAAACUGGCAAGGCUAAAAUUGCCCUUGCAGAGGACAGUGGAGAGAGAAGCCCCGCCGAGGCAGAUGUGAGUUCUUCCGAGGGCCAUAUCUCAUUCGGAGACAUUAUUGAGGGAACUGCCACACACCAAGCUACGCCUUUUGAGCGCAAAGCUGCACUUGUGAAUGCGGAGAUUGAUAAAUUCGGCUUUGGCAAAUAUCAACAAUGUAUUUGGGUGCUUUGUGGAUUUGGAUAUUUCCUUGACCUUGCUUGGACUCAGGGUGUAGGACUGAUGGUAACCGCGGUUUUUCAAGAAAUGGAUGUACCGCCAAGUAGGCAGGGCUUGAUUUUUUCCUGCUCCAACGCAGGUCUUGCAAUUGGGGCUUUCUCCUUUGGUAUUUUAACGGACAUUAUUGGUCGCAAGUGGGCCUUCAACUUGACUUGUCUGAUCACUUCGGUUUUUGGCAUACUUCUGGCUGCGGUCAAGUACAAUUACGCUGCAAUCUGCGGGAUAUAUUUUCUCUCAUCUGUUGGUCUUGGGGGAAACAUCCCCAUUGAUGCGGCCAUCGCGCUCGAAUUCCUCCCCCAGAACCGCCGCUUCCUUGUUGCAUUGCUAGGCAUCUGGCAACCAAUAGGUGUCGUUGUCGCAUCAGCCAUAUCGUACGGCACAGCUGCAAAAUACAGAUGUGACGUGAAGCUACCAGCAUGUAAUGCCGCUGGUGUCAGUCCUGGUGAAAGCUGUUGCUCGGUAUCCAGUAACAUGGGCUGGCGCUACGAAGUUAUAGCUAUCGGGAUGAUCACUUUUGUCGUUUUUUUCGUUCGUUGUCUUAUUUUCCGGUUCCACGAGUCGCCCAAGUUCCUGAUCAGCAAGGGCCGAGACCAAGAUGCCAUCGACGUGCUUCGGAAAAUCGCCAAAUUCAAUAAAGCUCCAGCGCCGACACUUACGAUAGAGGAUUUCCAGCGAAUAAACUCUGACACGGGCUCUGAGUCGGGCUCCAUCAAGUCCAAGUCCCCAAAAAACGUUGCUCUUGGCUUCUUUAAGAUUUUCAAACACUUACGCGGUCUCUUUGCCUGCAAAGCCGAGUGCUUCAGCUUUACCCUGCUCGCCGUUGCAUAUAUGGGUGACUACUGGUCUUUUACGUUAGCCGGAUCUUUCCUCCCUAUCAUCCUGCUACGUAACAACGUGGAAAGUGGCGGCAAUGUCACAGAGACAUACCUCCAAUACAUUUACAUUUAUCUACCUGGAAUCAUAGGUGCUGUAAUUGCACUGUUUUCCAUCCAGUUACCACUGAUCGGUCGAAAAUGGUCGCUGGUUAUUGCUGCGACGCUACAGGGGGUUUCUAUGGCACUGUAUACACAAGUCAAGAAUACUGCCGGAUAUGUCGGCCUCAAUGCGCUCGAGUACAUCAUGCAGACGUACUUCAAUGCAGUACUAUACGCAUCUGCGCCGGAAAUGUUCAACACAACGUACCGUACGAGUGCUAGUGGGAUGCUGUCCUGUCUUGGUCGAAUUGCUGGGAUUGUGGCACCGUUUGCCGGUCAAAGAUACAUCGAGGGAGGAUCUGCUGGUGUGCUCUGGCUCGGAGCUGGUGGGAUUUGGGUCUCGGCUCUCUUCCUAACCUUGCUGCCGAUUGAAAUGAAUAACAGACAAAUGUAUUAG